AUGGGCGCAGGAAGAUUCGCGUGCGUGGCAUUGCCAUUCGCACUCAUGGUCUGCAGUAUCAUCUGUAUCUUCAUCGCCAUGUUGUCAGGCAUCGCCAACAAGAACCUCUACAUGUUCGAGCUCGAAGCCAAAAAUCUCUCCAUUUCCACCUCAAACAUCCUCGGAGUCGACCUCACAGACGGUGUGCAGAAUGGAUUGGGACAAAUUAACGAUGCGUUAUCGCCAAACAGACACAACUUCAGUGCUUCAGAGCUUGGAUUGUCGGAUUACUACAAGGUCAACCUCUGGAAUUACUGCUCGUAUAACGCGACCAAGAAGAACGAGCAGACUUGCACCAAGGGCAAAUUCGACUGGGCGUCGUCUUCCAUCGAUCUUACACACAUCAAGCAAGUCGUACAACAAGUCUCCAACUCGAACAAUGCUACGGUUCCCGAGCCACUGAACGGUUCCCUCAAAACCUUCAAGCAAGUCCAUAAAUGGACCCAAGUCGUUUACGUUAUCGCCAUCAUCUCCUCCUUCCUCACCCUCUUCCUCGGCAUCGCAGCCAUCUUCUCCAAGGUCGCAAGUUGCAUCACGUACAUCAUCUCCGGAGUAGCCACCACCUCCCUCAUGAUCGCGUCCUCCAUGGCUACAGCCGAAUCCGCCAUUGUAAUCGGCUCCGUCAAGACCGUCAAGGAUGAAUAUCACGUCAAUGGCCACAUCAACACCUCUUGGCUCGCCGUAACAUGGAUUGCCGUCGCCUUCUCCAUCGGUGCCGGUAUCUUCUGGCUCGCAUCCAUCUGCUGCUGCUCCACCAGCUCCGGCCACAGCUCCCGCAGAAGCCGUCACGGUGACCAAGAGAAGUUGAUCCCAACUGGCUCUUACCAACGUGUUGACGACCCUCAUCACUUCAACGCUGGCGUCGGUGGUGGUGCUUUCAGCCAAGGUACCGCCGCUGUCCCUAUGCAACCCAUGAACCGCGGAAACGGGGCUUAUGAACCUUAUUCUCAUCAAGCUAUCUAA